UGGAUUUUCAGAUACUCAAGCAUAGAUAGAGGUCCUUUGUAUUUUCGAGACUUGAAUCCUCCUUAGACGGCAUACUUACAAUUCCUUAGCAUCGACAUCGCGUCUUUUUGGUGCAAAUCCCACCCGAAAGCGUGGUAGACAGACAUUAAAAGACCGUAUCGAUGCUGAAAGGCCAUCCGCCGAGAAAGCCGUUGCAGACACCGAGAAAGAAAUGGAGGGCGCCGAAAAAUCGAAACGCCCCCUGUGGAUCACCGAAGCGUAUAAGAUUCGGAAAGCGUCAAAGGCCGAGAGAAUCCCAACUGAGGACCAACAAAGGGCGAUUCUCGAGCUUGGACAACCCCCUGCACAACGUGACGCUUCGGCACAGUCACGAAGCUUGUUCGUUCAAGAUAACGAGGACGGUGUGCAGCGACAAGGCGAACCAGAUCUGCCGCCCCGGGGUAGGAGACGAAGCAGUGCAUUUGCUACCCGGAAGUCCUCGUCUGCGUAUGAAUCCGACAUCCUAUCCGGGAAUCCAACCACUACAGCAGCUCCCAACAAUGAUAAUGCCUUCGGCCGGGGAACCACCAGGGAUCCCCUGAGCGCAUCGAAAGCCAUGAUUGCCAAUGGCAGUUCCGAACCAGAACCACCUUCGCAUUAUGUUUCAUCCGAAGAAGUGCUUGAGGUCUCGGACGACUCAUUACCGAGGACCGGGAUUUACGUUGUCCCUUACAUCUGCUCUAACUGGAAGGAAAGUGUCUGUCGGGAGGGUGACGACUGCGUCUUUAUUCAUGCCCAUGUGUCACAGUUGCCGGUCAGUACCCACGAGAUGCAUAUCCAGGCGGAAGACCCUUGGUUGUUCCGGAAGUUUGGUACAUGGCAGCGCGGAUGUCCACCUAUAUCUUGUGGCUUCUGGUUCACAGGGAAGCCACCAUGCAGACACGAUGCUGAAACGUGUAAAUUCGCACAUUGGAACACAGGAAGUCACCAGAUUCCAUUCGGCCCUAUUGUAAUCGCCCCGGUGACAAAAAAGGCGCCGUACAUUCUCAAUAAAUGCGGUGCUAAGUCAAUCAUGGAGCAAACCCAGCUUAUGAUGCGGCGCGUUGAGCCUGAGACGGCCAAGAUAGACGUACCUGCGGCUACUUACACAGAAGUCCCUGCGAUCACGUACAAAGACGUCCCUGAGAGCGAUCUCCGGCGGCUUCCGAAAAGUGAAUUGACUUGCUAUUUCUGGUACGAAACUGGAAAAUGCCAGAAACAAGCCGGUUGCCAGUAUGUCCACGAGUACCGAGAUUAUGGGGCAAUUCCCCCUGCGAAACGGCGGGGAAAUUUUGCUGCAGCCUUUUUCAGACCUAUCAAACCACCGCCAAAAGAAUCCGAGGGACAAGCUCUACGUCAAUAUACCCCUAAUUCUGAUCACCAUGCUCCUGCUCGGUCACAGUCGUGGCCCAACCCAUACGAGAAAAGACGCAUUGAUAGCUAUCGCCCUGGUCUGCCGUCGCCGCAUAGAGCUCAACAAGGAUAUGAUCAAUAUGAUAGCUAUCGCCCCGAUUCGCCGUCGCCGUACCGAGCUCUACAAGAACAUGGGGAAACUGAUCACAAUCGCCCUGAUCCGCCGUCACCAUGGCUCGCCCGACAAGUAACUGAGCACAUUAAUCGAAGAACUUCUGCAGAACCCAGCCACCCCACUCCGCCCUCCGUCCAGGCUCUAGAGAAUCCUAGGCCACCUCGACAGUCAGAUACGGAACCCAUGGACACGUCAAAUUCAGCAAUGGACUGGGCGCCCAUUGAAUCGAAUAUGCAAAUGCAAGCUCGUCUCACGAUUCCGUACCAAGGUAGCAGUGGCCUUUUCGAUAACAGCAUCGCCUUGCAAGGGCUAUCCGAUGCUCAAAUCCACGAACUGCUUCAACUCUUCGAUGGAAGUUUCUGCCUUCAGCCGACCAAAAGGAUCUUCGGCGAACAAUUCGAAGAGUUGAUUUACGAUCCGCAAUGUUCAAUGGGUCGUGGUGUGAUCGUUCCCCAAGACCGCGAUUCAGCACGCCGGAUCGAUUAUUUCUCUCGAUAUAUCAAUAUCACUAGCAUGGGAAGCGUCCAUUUCGACACCGAGAGAUCAGUCGUUAUCGUUCUUUACGCGGUAAUGUCGGAUAAUUGGAAUUUCCUAGGCCAAAGUUCGGGACAGGAAAACGAAGACCAAGCCUCUAAGAUGCGCUUUUAUAUCCAACGCGUUCCGUCCCAACGAGAAACACUCUUUGGAGUACCUGCGGGGGCCAUACCGGACCUCCCACCGAAUACUCCAAUUUGGAAUCGCAACCUCAUUGCUGCUAAUUAUUGGCACCAGAGGUUCCUUGAUUGCAGUGAUCGCAUUCUGCAAAAAUAUCGAGCUGCUGCAGAGCGUGCCAAGAACCAGGCAGGGACGACAGAUCCAAACAUGAAUCGAACAACCACGAUAGCAGGUACGACGAAAGACGCUCAGGAUGCCACGAGAUAUGCUGAGCGCAAAGCGUCCGCGCAUAUUCAUGACCUGAAUCCCACCCCAUAUGCCGGCACCACCCCGCUUCAACAUGCGAUGUAUGGCGAUAGCACACGAACCCCACGACCUUCGAAUCCUUCGAAUCCGUACGUGCCAACACAGGAUCCUCGACUUACUCGCAGAUGAGAGAAGGACAUUCGGAAGAUCUGCAUGGUCACGGGUCUAUGUGAAUAUGAUGUAUACAUUGAGCAACCCACUCCACAGCCAGUCUCAUCACGCGGACAUGAACACGUUUCAGAGUCAUUUCACGUCAGGUCCCAAUUCUUCAAAACAUAAACUCCCGUUCGGGAGAUUGGUUCUAUGCGUAUGACCUCGAAUCCCUCUCAUUCCCAAGUCCUUCAUUCGCGGUGCUCAGUCGGGCGCAUAA